GCCUCCCUCCAGCGCCCCGCCUGGCUUCGCGGCGGAGGCGGCGCCUCUCCUGCAGGACUGAGCUGAGCUGGGCUGCCGUGCCGCGCCGCGCGGGGCGGGCGAAGUGGGGCGCUGCGCUUGGCCCCGGGCGGGGACUGACGGCGGCGGCGGCGGCGGCGGCGGCGGCUCCGGGCGAGCGUGGUCCCCGCGUGCGCACACGCACACGCCGCCGCUCAGGGACAAACGGACCCCGGCCGCCCGCGGCCACACAGGUGCAGAGACCCGGCUCGGCGCGCUUUCCUCGGCGCACACGCUCCCCAUCCCCGCGCCGCGCGGGCCGCGGACUCGCAGGCUGCGCGUCCUUUGCGGAGUCUGCCCCUGCCCCACGGACAGGCCCCGCAGUGAGCAGCCCAGAGACGCGUUGGGGCUGACCCACAGCUGCUGUCAGUGGGAGGCCAGUGGUGCUGGCCAAGAAGUGUCAUGGCUUGUGUCGUGCAGGUUUCCCUGGCUGCUCUCCUCCUGCUGCCUAUGGCCCCUGCCAUGCAUUCUGACUGCAUCUUCAAGAAGGAGCAAGCCAUGUGCCUGGAGAAGAUCCAGAGGGCCAAUGAGCUGAUGGGCUUCAAUGAUUCCUCUCCAGGCUGUCCUGGGAUGUGGGACAACAUCACGUGUUGGAAGCCUGCCCACGUGGGUGAGAUGGUCCUGGUCAGCUGCCCUGAACUCUUCCGAAUCUUCAACCCAGACCGAGUCUGGGAGACCGAAACCAUUGGAGAGUCUGAUUUUGGUGACAGUAACUCCUUAGAUCUCUCAGACAUGGGAGUGGUGAGCCGGAACUGCACGGAGGAUGGCUGGUCGGAGCCCUUCCCUCAUUACUUUGAUGCCUGUGGGUUUGAUGAAUAUGAAUCUGAGACUGGGGACCAGGAUUAUUACUACCUGUCAGUGAAGGCCCUCUACACGGUUGGCUACAGCACUUCCCUCGUCACCCUCACCACUGCCAUGGUCAUCCUGUGUCGCUUCCGGAAGCUGCACUGCACACGCAACUUCAUCCACAUGAACCUGUUUGUGUCGUUCAUGCUGAGGGCGAUCUCCGUCUUCAUCAAAGACUGGAUUCUGUAUGCGGAGCAGGACAGCAAUCACUGCUUCAUCUCCACCGUGGAGUGUAAGGCCAUCAUGGUUUUCUUCCACUACUGUGUUGUGUCCAACUACUUCUGGCUGUUCAUCGAGGGCCUGUACCUCUUCACUCUGCUGGUGGAGACCUUCUUCCCUGAAAGGAGAUACUUCUACUGGUACACCAUUAUUGGCUGGGGGACCCCAACUGUGUGCGUGACGGUGUGGGCUACGCUAAGACUCUACUUUGAUGACACAGGCUGCUGGGAUAUGAAUGACAGCACAGCUCUGUGGUGGGUGAUCAAAGGCCCUGUGGUUGGCUCUAUCAUGGUUAACUUUGUGCUUUUUAUUGGCAUUAUCGUCAUCCUUGUGCAGAAACUUCAGUCUCCAGACAUGGGAGGCAAUGAGUCCAGCAUCUACUUCUGCGUGCAGAAAUGCUACUGCAAGCCACAGCGGGCUCAGCAGCACUCUUGCAAGAUGUCAGAACUGUCCACCAUUACUCUGCGGCUGGCCCGGUCCACCCUGCUGCUCAUCCCACUAUUCGGAAUCCACUACACAGUAUUCGCCUUCUCCCCAGAGAACGUCAGCAAAAGGGAAAGACUCGUGUUUGAGCUGGGGCUGGGCUCCUUCCAGGGCUUUGUGGUGGCUGUUCUCUACUGUUUUCUGAAUGGCGAGGUACAAGCGGAGAUCAAGCGAAAAUGGCGAAGCUGGAAGGUGAACCGUUACUUUGCUGUGGACUUCAAGCACCGACACCCAUCUCUGGCCAGCAGUGGGGUGAACGGGGGCACCCAGCUCUCCAUCCUGAGCAAGAGCAGCUCCCAAAUCCGCAUGUCUGGCCUCCCUGCUGACAAUCUGGCCACCUGAGCCGUGCUCCCCUCCUCUUCCUCUCCUCCAUCCACAGGCUGGGACUGCAGGCAGGCGCCAGCCCACGCAUGUUCGUGCCUCUUCCCUCCCCUUGGGCAGGCCCUGGGCCGGAAGCUUGGCUCCUGAGGGGGGAGAAGGCGGCAGGGCACAGACUGGGAUCGUCCCCUCCUUGUUUUGGUACUGGUCCCACUCACUGUGGUCCCCUGACCCCAGACAUGUAAAUACUCCUCAAAUUUGGAAAAGUUGUCCCAUCCCUUCCCCCUUUGCCCCAGUGUCCCCACUCACUUCCAGUCAGGUCUCAGCUCCACCCCACUGUGUCUUGGUCAGCCUCAGUGAUGGCCUGACCCCAGCUGUGAGGCCUUGUGAGCUAAGGCUGAAGAGACCUUGCCUGUGGGAGCUGGGGUGGUACCUGCCCCAACAGCGCCCCAUCAUCUGGUUUUGGGUGUGACCCCUCAAGUGUGCAUGCCACCGUGGGGCUCUUCUCAGUCCUGGACCCAAGUCCCUGAGGCCUAGCAGAGGGCCAGCUCAGGUGGCCAGAACACCCCUUGGUGCAGGCCUGCUGGCACUUGCCUGGCAUCUUGUUGUCUGGGUGCUCAGCUCCUGGGUCCCAGGGCAGUGGGACAGCUCCAAGGCUUUUCUCAUCAGAGGCUUUAGUUUGGGUGGAGAGUAUGCAGGUCAGGGAAGGUUCUGGUGCUUUUCAUUUGAUCCAAAAGGAGCUGAGAGCCAGAAAUGUGGCUGUGAUUGGGAAAGAGAUGGAGUUUGGGAGGCCCAUGGAAGAAAACCUUUGCCAUCUCCAUUGUUUUACCCCUAGCUUAAGAUGGACAGGGUUCUUCUGGUCACCUCCCUUCCACCUCUUCCACUCUCACGGAUGCCUUCCAGAAGAUGUCUCCAACCAUGCCUACCACAGAGAGCCCUUAAGCCGUCCCCUCCCCAUUUCCCCUAAGUCAAAGCCAUGACUAGGAUGUACCAGCCGCCUGCCUGUGAUGUUGGCGAAUCCUGAAGCACCUACACCCGAGUCUGGGGCCCAGGGCUCCUCAACACCCACCCCCAUGGAUGAUGAGGAGCCCCAGACACCAGCUCCUCGGGCCUGGACUCAACUAUUGAAAUCUCUGAGACCUUUGCAAAGAUGUCCCUUAUAUGCCCUUGACCUUGACUCACCAUGGGCUGCUGGGGUGUCGGGAGCAGAAGCCACACCCACCAUGCCCAGGAACAGAAGUGGCUGCUGAUGGGGCGGCUGCUCCCCACCACCCGCCCUGGCUCCCCAGCUGCAGGUUGCACACCCUCAGCCUGAGAAUGUACAAUAGGGUGGUGCCCAGCUGGGGAGGCAGAGGAAAAGUGCUAGAGUACGUGGUCCCUGUGUGGCCUAGCUCAUUCCAUGUCAGCAUUUGGUAUUACUCCUGUCCAAGUUCUGUUUGUGGACUUGUUUCAUGAUGAUGUUCUGGAAUGCUUGGGGACUUUGGAUGGAGGAGGAUGUUGCUCCAUUUUAUAAAGAGGAAGGGGCCUGGGAGACUUGGGAAAAUGUUUCUGUAGAGGCUUUCAGAGUGGCUGGAAAAGGCUCUUGCUGCUGUAAUUUAGAGAGGAGCUCUGUGUCCUUGGCCAGUCAAGUAAGUCCCUGGGUCUUUGGCAAAACCAGAGGAAGAAAGGAGCUACCUGCCCUUUCCUGGGCAUGCUUGGCGACUCAGAUUGAUCAUGGAGUGUGCAGUGGUCCUUCUGCACAUGACCUCAUGAUCCCCUCCACCUGCACUGACGCAAGGGUCCUGUGGCCAUCUUGCACUUUCGGUACUGCUAGGGGGUCUGGGCUGCUUGGAAGGAGCCUGGGGUUCAGGGAACUAGACUCUAUCCCAGCUGGGUUCAGACUGCUGUGACUGGACAUGAUGCUCCCUGUCUGGGCUCCAGUUUUCCCAUUUGUGAGACGAGGCAACUUCUGAUGCUUCUCUAAGCCCUGUACUUAAGUGAUUUUUCCAGUUCAAAGCCAAGGCAGGCAAAAGGGCAUGCAUCAUUGUGCCUCAUAUCAGGUUUUGAUGAAUGUGUGUGUGUGUGUGUGUGUCUGUGUGUAGAAGGAUGGAGACAGGAUGCUGUUUAUUUUCCAUUUCCUGGAAAUGGACCCUCUGUCCCUUCCAUUUGGACACCAUAGUGGAAGCUGAUGGCCUGGAAGGAAGGAUUAGGUCAUGGAUAUUUGAACAGGUGCCUUGGGCAUGAUAUAUAGAUGCAACCAUAUAUACCUUGCUGGGGUGGGGUGCCACUUCCAGUGGCCACCUCCAGAUCCAAGGAGCAGCUCCAUGGGGAUGGACCCCAUUCAUUCAUCAUCACUCCCAACAGCAGGUCUGUUUCAUUGUGGAAGAAGAAACUUUGGCAUUAUACAGACAUCAUCACAAAACAGUAAAAAGAAAAUCAAUCCUGAACCCCAUGCAGUCUGCUGCUUCCUGAGCCUGGCCCUGUGUCCUCAUAGAGGUUCCGGGUUCUUAUUGGUUGGUUGGUUUUUCUGUCUGAAUGAAUUUUUGCCAAUCUUGUAAGCAGAUAAACCUGAUUUAUUCUCAAUGUUCCAGGAGGUUCUGGCCUUCAAGAUCACAGGCAAUAGGGGGACAGCGUAAGGUCUGUGUAAAACCCUUCCCUCUCUGACCCUCUGUUUUCAAAUCUGUAAAAUGGGCAGCAAGACUAGAUGAUUUGUAUGUAGCCCAACGCAUCUCUGGAACUCUGUCUAAACACCAGCCAUCUACUUGGAAUGGGCCCCAGGACUGUGGUAUUUGCCUGGCCAGGAAAGGAUAAGAAAUACUGUCAUGUGAAGACAGCUUGAGAGGCUUGGGAAAAGUGGGGCUGGGGAGGAGCAGGCUUGUCAGACUCCACCCCUGUUGAUGAUCAUUCCUGGAAAGGGGGUUCUUGUUCUAUGCACUCCUAAAGGAGAAAACUCACCCAUGGGAGGCUGAAUUAUCCUUGGGAUGAAGAAAUCGCUCUUUCCCUGUCACAACUGUCCAACCAGGGAGCAGGGAGGCAGUGUCAGGGAGGGACACUUAUCCUGGGGGAAAUGGGAUUCCAAGUCAAGGAUGCUGAGGCUGUCGGGGAGCCAGAGAGGGGGGUCCCAGUGCAGGAUGUGGGUGGCUCUGUGGUUCAGUGGCUCUGUGGUGGUCCCUAGCACUGCAGACUUCAUGACUCCCCACUUAAGUCCAAGCCACAUUCUCUGUCCCAGUGUGUAGCUCUGUCACCCUGCUUGACACAUCCAGUGGCCUACAGUGACUCCUCUCUAACCCCACCCCCUCCAAGCUGGGUUCUUUGUGGAACAGGGCCAGGGAGCUAGAGCCAAGCCUGAGGUUUGAGAAAUACCUGCAUCUAUAAUCCCCGCCAAGGAUGCCCAGUCACCUCUCUCAUCUGACCCUCACUCUUCAUGGAAGGGAAAGCUCAAAGGGACUCUUUUAUUUUGAGUAGUCCCUUGCCCUCUUCAUGGCCACUUCAAAGUGAAGCCAGCAAGUAUUGAUACUUUAUCAUUUAGUAUUAUCAUAAAGUAUUAAUAGUUUAUCAUAAAGUCCUCCUUGAGCCCAGGGACCAUGGAAGUCAGCUAGAAGAGCCCUGAGCAAGGAGUAGGGACUUGGGCUUCUCCAAGCUUUGCUCCUGGCUUGUUUGACCUUGACUCAUUCUCCAUAUGUCUCUGAGGAGGCUCACAAAAUACUAAAGCUGGGAGGAAACUUGGAGAUCUAUAGGUCAAACCUCCCCAUUGGGCUGAUGAGAAAAUACAUGUGAGCCUAGCAUGGUACCUGCCACCAUGGUGGGAUCCAGUAUAUUUUAUAAAUCUGAAUGAGUUAAUGGCUCACCAGUUUGUGCACAGCCCUGCACAUGAACAGAAUGUGACACUCAAGGCUUCCAUGCAGUACGCAUGUAACCUUGCACAGGAGAGGGGCUCUGGUGACCGAUGGUUUUCCAGGACUCUAUUGCAGGAGAAGCAAUGGAGUCAGUGUGGUGUGGGGAGACCUGCUUUUUAACCUGGACUUAGCGACCUGCUCUGUGAUCCUUCUUUGGGCCUCGGCCUCCUAAUCUGAGUAAUGGGGAGAACUUCAUUGGCAUUGUUAGUCCCACAGGCCAAGGAUAAGGUUGAAAUGAGAUGGCUUGUGUGUGAAAAGAUUUUGGAAACUACACAGAUGUGGGCUUGUUCUUGGGAUGAAAACUGCUGGAAGGGACUCCUUGCUGUUUAUCUACUGCUUUGAGCUCUCCUGAGUUAACCUUUGCCCCAUUUGUAAAACCACCAGCAUCAGGAGUAAGGGGGAGGCCAGAAGGCUCAGAUGGACGCAGAAUUCUAGCUUUAUCUGCAUCAGCUGAUUCAGUUUUCUGUUGGGAUCAGAGAGAGGAUACUUCCAUAUGGGUGAGAGCAGCCAUGCCCUUGGGAGUCAACUUCAAGGAUCUGGGACAUUUUGGUGUGCCCAUUCCUUAUUUUCCUGAACUCACCGUCUUGGGAUAUUUCUGUACUUGGCCAUGUGUGUCUUGUCUUAUGUCUGUCUUCUGUAGCUUUGCCUCUGUCAGGGCUGGAGUGGUGCAGCCCCUGGCAUCUCAGACAUGGUUCCUGCCUCACUCGUGGGAGCUGGACCAGCCUGGGUUUCAUCUCCCACAAUAAAGAUAAGCCCCACAGACCUUACUGCUACCGCUGCUGCCAUUAAUGCUGUGCUCAUAAUCUUGUCCAGGAUUUUAAGAAUGUCAGACUACUGUAGAUGACUCAAUAAAUGUUUUGCCAUUUU